AUGAUCGCUGAGCAUGAUUCAGCUAGUUUCCGGCGUAUCCGUCUCUUCCUCUUCCCCAAGCCACCUCCGUCCGAAUCCGAUACAAGUCGAUGCUCCGUGUCGGUUAACCGGUUGCUCGGUCUCGAAUCUCCGAUCCAGAAGAUCGCGUUUACCUCCUCGUCUUCCGUUCUUCCCAUCCCGAUCUUCCCGCCAAACAAUUAUCCGGCGCCGGCUCGGCAGUGUGACGAUUACGAGAAGGUCGAUGCAACAGCAGAGGAAAAUCAGAAAACAGCUGAGGAAAAUCGGAAACAAGACGAGGCUCUUACAGCUUCCGCCUCUUUGCUCUUGCCGGAAAACACCGCCGCCGCUGAUGCUGGAGGAGUUUCAGAUAAAGAAACAGAGAAAGUAAAGAUUCAAGAUCAGUCACGGUCAAUUGUUCAAGAGCCUAUGCCGCAGCAGCAGCAGCCGCCGUUGAUAGUCUACUAUGUACCAGUCUGGCAGAUGCAGGCACACAUGGUUACUAAUCAAGUGAGUGCUUAUGCAUUGUCUCCGGCAACAGAAAAUUCUUCUCGGUUAGAUCUAGGGAUGUUAUAUAGGGUAGAAUUACCCUACCCUACCCUGACUUUCAAAUAG